CUCUGCCUGUGCGGCAUCGUGGGCAACCUCCUCAACAUCGUCAUCCUCACCCACCACGGUUUCGCGAAAACGACCAACAUCCUCCUCACGUCCCUCUCGGUGUCGGACCUUGUCUUCUCCUUCACCCAGUCCAUGGGUCGGCUCUGGAGUGUGGUGGACAGGUUUGACCGGAACCUGGCCUCCACGAUCAACUCCGUCUACGUCGUAUACAUCCGCGCGUGGAACCAGGCAGCGCUGAUGGUCACCAUCUACCAGGUGAUGGUCAUCGCCCUAGAACGACUCUUGGCCGUGUGCGUUCCCUUGCAGGUUUCGCGCAUCGUGACCCCGCUGCGGAUGAAAAGUCUGAUCGCGUCCGUCUACUUGGUGCUGACGGCCCUGGUCGUGCCCUGCCAUCUGAUGUACUCCAUCGAAUGGGUCAGCCAUCGAAACAACGUCACCGUCGCCAUCUUUCACCCGACGCAGUUCUACAUCGACAACAGCGUCGCGAUCAAUUUCUACGUCGCCGCCGUUUUGAGCAACGUCAGGUCGUCUGUUCCGUUGACCACUGUGUCCGUCUGCUCACUGGUCAUCUUAAUACGACUGUCCACCUCAUCCAAACACCUGGACAGAAUGUCCUCCUCAUCCCGCCACGUGUCCAGGCGGAUUAGGGAGGUCAAAUCCGUGAGGAUGCUGCUGGCCGUGUGUUUCGUCCCGCUGGUGUUCGUCCUACUCCCCACCACGACCUUCGAGGCUUUCAUCAGCUUCAGCCCGGAGACCGACCAGCUGUCGUGUCGGUUUAAAAUUGUUGUGAUGUACGUCAGCAACCUGUUGUACCAGGUCAGCUCGUCGUCGAACUUCGUCAUCUACGUCACGAUGAAUGCCAAAUUUGCAAAGACGUACAGAGAACUGUUUCGAUGGAAUAGGAAGCUGUCCAAACCUUGA